AUGGCGCUAAGCCAUCGAAAGAAGGCAGUUAGCAAGCGAGCGACAACUGCAAACUCUCCUCCAGGAGACGACAAGGUUGAGAGAGGAAAAUGCAAUAUUGCGAAUCUAGGCAUCGUCGACGGGGCCACCCCGUCGCGCUAUGCGUGCGAGACUAGGACCCAGCAGCCUGGCAGGCCCAAGCCACCAGCAACCACCACAAGGGGAGUGCACCAUGACCCUACGGUCACCCCCAUACCACAGAACGUUCUCUCGCACCGUGACCCCUUGGUCACCCCCAUGGUGCAGAACGUUCCACCGCACCAAGCGGUACGGACCAUUGGGAAAAAUCCCCCGAACGAGCCACCCAUCGGCUCCAUUAGCAAAAGGCUGGAUGACAUGCUCUCCACGCCUUUCUGCUCUCAUAUCAUCCAUUAUGAGCCCCCAAGGGGGUUCCUCGUACCAAAGUUCUCCACGUACGAUGGGUGCAGUGACCCCUUCGACCAUAUCAUGCAUUAUCGGCAGCUCAUGACCCUCGAUAUAGGUAACGAUCCGCUGCUGUGCAAGGUAUUCCUUGCCAGUCUACAAGGACAGGCCCUCUCAUGGUUCCAUCGCCUACCUCCUAACUCGGUGGACAAUUUCAGAGACCUUUCAGAAGCUUUCGUGGGACAAUACCUAUGUUCCGCUCGGCAUAAACAAAACAUCAGCACCUUGCAAAAUAUAAAAAUGAAGGAUAAUGAAUCCUUGAGGGAAUUCGUGAAACGAUUUGGCCAAGCUGUCCUACAAGUGGAAGCUUGCAGCAUGGACGCUGUCCUACAGAUCUUCAAGCGAAACAUCUGUCCAGACACUCCAUUUUUUGAAUCACUAGCUAAGAAACCUCCCAUGACGAUGGGCGAUUUGUUUCGACGUGCGAACAAAUACUCCAUGCUGGAGGAUGACGUACGGGCAGCCACCCAACAAGUAUUGGUUGCCGGACAGCCGUCCAAAGGGAAUAUAGAAGGAAGCGCUAAACUUCUAGACAGGCCAAGGCCAUCCGAUCGAAGGCAAGAAGGGCUAAGCCGCCCGGAGAUGCCACCUCUCACACCACUCUCCAUAACUUAUGAGAAGCUUCUCUCUAUGAUCCAAAGCAUGUUUGAUUUCAGGUGGCCCAGACCCCUCGGGUCGGAUCUAUCCAGAAGAGAUCAUAGCAAAAAAUGCGCUUCCCACAAGGAGCAUGACCACACAACGGAAACGUGCAGAAGCCUCCAAUAUUUGGUGGAAAGGCUUAUAAAGGCGGGACAUUUAAGGCAAUACCUCCGCUCAGAUGCCAGAGAUAGAGACGCCGCCCGGGGCCACGACUCUGGAACCCCCGCGAUUCCAGCCGCCCCCAAAGCCGUCAUAAACUACAUUAAUGGAGGUCCGUCGGAUGAAGAGAUAAAUUCCAAACGAAAGAGGCAAAAAUUAUUACGAGAGGCAAUGACCCCACAUGGAUAUUACGUCCGCACCGCGACGCCCCUCAUUCUAUCCUUAGGGAUAGACAAAUUCAAUGUAAGACGCAUCUUAGUUGACCCAGGCAGCUCAGCUGAUUUGGUACAAGCAGCAGUCAUAAGCCACAUGGUGGGGCACAAUUUAGUCGGUCUCGAAAACCCUGGGAGAAUCCUGUCCGGAUUCAACGGGGCAUCAACCAUUUCCUUAGGAGAUAUUGUGCUACCAGUUCAAGCUGGCCCAGUCACUCUCAACGUCCUAUUUUCAGUGGUACAAGAUUUGUUACCCUUCAAUAUUAUCUUGGGGCGCACAUGGCUGCACUGCAUGAAAGCCAUCCCCUCCACAUAUCAUCAGAUGGUAAGCUUUCUUACUGAGGAUGAGCAAAUCAACCUGUACGGCAGCCAACUAGCUGCUCGCCAAUGA